CUGUAGCGCCGUCUUUCCGGCCGGGCUCCCUUCUAAUUGGCCGGCUCAAAGCUUCCUCGGGGACUCGGCCGCUCGGGGCGCUGCAGCGGCCUCUGUAGCCGCUGUCCCGAGGUUUAGCCUCGCCCUUUCGGCUGCGAGCUCUCUAUGGUGCCGGCAGCGACAUGUGGCGCCUCCCGGGACUCCUGGGCCGAGCUCUUCCCCGUACGCUGGGACCUAGCCUCUGGAGGGUGACUCCUAAGUCCACCAGCCCAGAUGGGCCUCAGACUACCUCCUCCACUUUGCUGGUUCCUGUGCCUAACCGUGACAGGUCGGGUCCACAUGGCCCAGGCACGAGUGGGGGUCCAAGGUCCCAUGGAUGGAAGGAUGCCUUCCAAUGGAUGUCUGCCCGUGUCUCCCCAAACACCCUGUGGGAUGCCAUAUCUUGGGGCACUUUGGCCGUGCUGGCCCUGCAGCUGGCAAGGCAGAUCCACUUCCAGGCAUCCCUGCCAGCAGGACCUCGGCGGGUAGAACACUGCUCCUGGCACAGUCCCCUGGACCGUUUCCUCUCAUCUCCCUUGUGGCACCCCUGCUCCUCACUGCGACAACACGUCCUCCCCAGCCCUGAUUGCCCAGCUCCCAGGCACACUGGCCUCAGGGAGCCCAGGCUCGGCCAGGAAGAAGCCUCAGCUCAGCCCCGGAACUUCUCACACAACUCCUUGAGAGCAGCUCGUCCUCAGGAGCCCUCUGAGGAAGGUCCCAGUGAUUUUGGCUUCCUGCAUGCCAGUGGCAGCAUCGAGUCCAAGGCAAAGCCAGCCCAGCCUCAGCCCACUGGUGAAAAGGAACAAGAUAAAUCAAAAACUCUUUCCCUUGAGGAGGCUGUGACUUCCGUUCAGCAGAUCUUCCAGCUCAGUGUUUCCAUCGCUUUCAACUUCCUGGGGACGGAGAACAUGAAGAGUGGCGACUACACGGCAGCCUUUUCUUACUUCCAGAAAGCUGCAGCCCGCGGCUACAGCAAAGCGCAGUACAAUGCGGGCUUGUGUCAUGAGCAUGGCAGAGGCACCCCCAGAGACAUUAGCAAGGCAGCCCUUUAUUAUCAAUUGGCUGCCAGCCAGGGCCACAGCCUGGCUCAGUACCGCUAUGCCAGGUGCCUACUACGAGACCCAGCCUCUUCGUGGAACCCUGAGCAGCAGAGGGCAGUGUCCAUGGUGAAGCAGGCUGCAGACUCAGGCUUGAGAGAGGCCCAAGCUUUCCUCAGGGUGCUUUUCACCAAGGAGCCCUACCUGGAUGAGAAAAGAGCUGUGAAAUAUCUUUGGCUUGCAGCCAACAAUGGGGACUCACAGAGCAGGUACCACCUUGGAAUUUGCUAUGAGAAAGGCCUUGGUGUGCAGAGGAAUCUGGGAGAGGCCUUGAGAUGUUACCGGCAGUCAGCAGCUCUGGGAAAUGAGGCCGCUCAGGAGAGGCUACGAGCCCUCUUUUCCAUGGAGGCUGCAGCCCCAGGGCCCAGCGACCUGACAGUUACAGGACUGAAGUCUUUCUCCAGCCCCUCCCUGUGCAGCUUGAACACCGUGCUAGCAGGAACCUCACGCCUACCACAUGCCUCAAGCACAGGGAACCUUGGCCUCCUCUGCAGAAGUGGGCAUCUCGGAGCCAGCCUGGAAUCCUCCAGCAGGACUAUCCUCUCACCCCCCUACCCACUGGAAGGGAGUGUUGUAAGACUAGGUUUUGGCUAAGGAAGAAGUUUCUUGCCCAAAUGCCUGGAUGUAUCUGCUUGACUUUCAGAACUUCUCACCUCAGCCCUAAAGAUGGAGCCUGUGGGUUCUCAGAGAGAUAUCACAACUUGAGUCCCGAAGAAGAGGCCAGUUACCCACCCACCUUCCCCCAAACCCUAAGCACCUGCGCCAGUACAGUCAAGAAGAGGAAAGUAUGUGAAGACCCAGGUCUGGCUCUGCCACUUGCCUGGCCAUGUCACCUUGAAGCAGUGAUCUGACUCUCUAUAUUGCUUCCUUAGUUGUAUACCAAAGGCAAUGGUGUCUGCCCUCCUACCUUACAAGACAAAUGCAAGGGCAUUUCACCACAGAGAGGACCUUUGUGCUCACUUUGGCCCGGGAGGCAAUGAUGCUCAUGGUUGCAUGACUUUAUGAGUCGCUGGGCCAGGAUGAGGACCUGGGCCUCCUGACUCCUGGCCCAGGGUUCUUGUCCAUUAGUUCAGACUGCAAUUUUAUGUGAAAGCAUUAUGACUGUCCUAGUCAUGGGAGAGUAAAUGUAGAUUGAAUGCUAGGAGUCCUAGAGCUGGAGAGUGUGAUUUUGAGGUCCCCGUUUGGGAAACGUGUGCCAGAAAUGUCUAGGUGUUUAACAAAACAGAUAUGGGAUUAUAUAACCACUCUUGCCCUUGAGUAUGUUGGGAAGAGCCAGGGAGAUGGGCAGGGGGAGCUGAAAGCUGAGGCUCCGCCCUCAUCUCUAAACUCUCCAUUAACCAAUUUAAAGGAUCUUAAAAGCUUCUCUAAGAGAGAGACGUAGGGAAAAAAAAGAUUUCUGAGUCAACGCUAAUGAGUCCAAUUACUGAGUUUGUGAAUAGCUAUUCCCUGGCUUCUGGAUGUUCGCCCAAGUUGAAUAGCAUAGAUGUGGUUGAGGGUGGGGGCUGGGAGGGAUAGAGGACCGACUCCUCAUAAUCCCAUGACUGUUUGAGUGGAGACCAACCAGCUUGGCCAAUUCAAAGGCAAGAUUUGAGCGGGGAAAGUUGUCCACGUUUCCCUCUCUGCUUCCCACACCACCUCUCCCAACUUCUAAGUGGUCCUGCCACACUUUCCUAGCACCUCCCUUUCACCUGGGGAGCCCAAGUGUCCUCUAGCUCCAGCUUCUCGCCUGCUCCCUGCCUCCUUUUCAGGGCUUCUCUGCACACUGGCUCACCGCUAUUGCCACAGAUGGCACUCCUGGGGAGCAGGGAUCUUGUUUUUGUAUUCCAGUGUCCCCAGCACUCAGCGCAAGGCCCCCCGUGCAGGGUAGGAAACCUGAGGUUUCAAACUCAGAGUUUUAAGCUGUGCAGUGCACCAAGCUCUCUGCCAAAAAACAAACAAAAAAAGGUUUCUGUGGUUAAAUAAGUUUGGGAAACGCUGCACCAGACGUCCCCUUUUUAUAGAUUCACAAUAUACAUCAGCAUAUUUGAGGUUCCAAGAAGUCCUCCAGUAAAGAACUCGGUUAACCCAAUGUUUUCCCUCACUGAGUUGAGCCCAAAGCCUGUUUCCCUACAGAUUGCUUUUGAGCCUUCCUGGAGCACCCUCUGCAUGAAAUGUCACUGUGUGCCCUCCCUGUGGAGCCCCACUCCCCAGCCUCCUCCCCUCUGUGGUCAUUUUGGAUUUUCUGACUACUUCCUUGCAGCCAUAGCCGGGGCCAAGGGCUGGUUCACAGUCUGGACACUCGGUGUCCUGUGGUGAAGACCAGAUGCAGCCCUCCCGGAAUGGCUUUCCCUCCCACUCAGUCACUACUGAGCUAAAUACUGAUUCAAUUUGGGGUACCAUAGGUUGGGGGUAGGAUAUUUUUAAACUCUCCAACUUAAAAAGGAAGAGCCUCUCCUGUGGAAAGAGGAUGGCAGAGUUGUGAGAAAGGUGUUGUCAAGGGACCAAAAAUCCUUGGCUGUUAGUCACUGCGGUCUUGAUCCAGCACCAGGGGGAUGGGCCUCAUUGGCAGAGCUGGGGACUGCUGUGCUUUUGCCAUUAAAAUUCUGUUAUUAAUGACUCAUCAUCAGUGCCCCAGAGGAAGUGUGAGAGGACGAGAGGGAGGUGGCUUCCAUCAGCAGGGCCAGCCUGGGUCAGGAUGCUGGGUUAAAGCCUGGCGCCCUCACCAAUGAGACCUCUGUGGGAAGCGCUACUGCCUCAGUUUCCCUAUCCGGAGAUGCUGUUUUCAGGGAGUCCUGACACUACGAUGAGAACAAGGCUAUUUGGUUCACUAUAUCUUUAGUGCUAAUAAAGUGUGGGACACUCAGAUGUUCAGUAAAUAUACAUUCAACAACCCCCCGCCCCAUCCAGUGCCCAGCACAAAGCCUACCCAGCACAUAGUAGGUACUUGAAGUAAUUUGAAUGAAUAAUUUGAAAUAACUUGAAUGAAUAAUUCUGUAUUGCCCCCCACUCACCACCUACACACACACACACACACACACACACACACACACGGUUCCCUGUGUUACUUCUGGCACUUAGUAAUUGUUCAAUAAAUACAAAAUGUUUGUUA